AUGUCCACAUACUUUGAGCUUUGCAAGCGUUCAUUCGCGGAUGUCCCCACCGAGGGCGGCGUCGACACAGUCGCUUUCCUCGAAGCAGCUGAGGGUCUCGUCAAGCUGUUCGAUCUGCUUGGCAACUCGGCGUUCAAGGUGGUGCAGAACGACAUGAACGGGAAUAUCGCAAAAGUCAACACGCGCCUCAAUGCGACGGGCGCUGCCAAGUCGGGUACGCUCGAGAAGCUGAUCCAAAACGAAGGACCGGGUGGCACCUCGAAACGUCCUGCCACCGAGGGCCUCAUGUGGCUCCUCCGCGGCCUUGACUUUACCGCCCAAGCAAUGCGCAACUCGGUCAACAACAAGAACGAGGAGCUGGCCACCAGCUUCACCAACGCCUACGGCACCACGCUGCGUCCACACCACGGCAUGCUCGUGCGCCCCAUCUUUUCGCUCGCCAUGAAGGCGUGCCCGUACAGGAAGGACUUCUACGCCAAGCUCGGCGAGCCGCAGAGCAAGGUCGAGGAGGAGUUGGAAAAGUGGCUCGCCGCGUUGGAGAAGAUUGUGGCUCAUAUGAAGAGCUUCUAUGCCUCGGGCAAGUACGACAAGGGCUUCUAG